CUUCUACAAAUUGUGGAAAGUUUCGCAGGUUCAGUGGAACAAAGCAGCUUUAUCUCUGUAAAAUAUUCAGUGGAUUCUACGCCAAAGCUAUCAGUGCCGGUCCACUUAUAAACAGGCCACAUCCAGCUUGCACUCUCUCCACACGACGCGACACGACAUUCGUUUCUGUUAUACUUGCUUACAGUCCUUCUGCCAACUUAAUUAACUUAUCACUCGUCCUCUAACACGAUCAUCGCGCAACAUGCUCAGGCAUCGUGACUUCUCUGCAUGGAUCGUCUCCGAGGGCCAACAGAUCCCCGUGUAUCUUGUCGCUGUGGACGAGAACGCGCACAGUGUCUCAUGUUGGAUCCCAAGCGAAGCGGGAAAGACCUUUUCAAUACACUGGAGAGACGAGGGGACCGGAGUACAAUCAUGCACGUUCAUUUCUCUUGAUGGAUACGUAGUUCCCGGUCGGUUUUUGUUUGGCGAUGGGACUGCUUCGAGGCAUGGCGUAAGGACAGGUGCAAACACAGAAAGGCCAUUCGUGUUUUCACAGAGUCAAAGCUCAGGUGCAAGCGGGCAAUGCACGAAGGAUGCGGGAACCAUCAUGCUCAAGGUCAAGCGUGUAAAGCUCGAAGGGUCGAAGCCAGCAAACCCACUGCAGAACAUUCCAGAUUGGAAUUCGCAAAGUCACAUAGGCGAACAUUGUGUUGGGUAUGGCGAGAAUAUGGAGACGUACCUGCAGUCACCCACGACAUGGCAGGUAAAGCCGUACAACCGGUCUGGUAAGAGGUCAUAUGUUACUUUUGUGUUCCGGUACAGGUCUCGGGACUGGCUCAUGGCGCAGGGAAUCAUACCCAAUGACAACAGUGCUUUAAUAGUCCCCAAAAAUCGACCUGCGAAGCAACGGGUCGCCAGCGCACCCGUUGCGCAAUUGGUGAACACACUGAUGACCCCGAGCCCGAGUUUGAGCCCCAACUCAAAUAGACUUGACCGGCUGAGCAUAGAACUAAAGAAUGCCUUCCCUCCGGUGCAAGGUCGAGUGCGGCCUGCGCUCAGCCUCAGGACCGUGAGCGUCAAGGGCCGCGGAAGGUACGACCAAUUUCCAGGGGAAGGCCUACUCGACCUUGGUCCUCCGCCCAACCCAGGUAGGUUUAUGCAAGGCCCAGACAGUGCGUCUCAAGAGUCGGAAAGCACUGCAGUGGAUCCAACGGAGCUGACCAAUGAGGGUCAAAAGAGUGCAGCGAUUUGAGGGGGACCAUAUGAAUCUGAUUUCGUUCUGUUUGUUGACGUAUUGUCUGGUAUCUGUCGUACUGAUAUGUUGUCGAGUAUAUUUUUGUAUGGUAGGACAUCUAGGCAAUGCGACAAUCGAGGGGAUCGGGUUGAAAAUGAAUCACUAGUACCUGUGUUCGACUGUGU